CUCGCAAUUGAAUCAGAAGAUGGCGGAAGCUCCCCCACGACUCAGCCGGUUUUUCUGUCACCGAUGUUCUGCAGAGAUUAGCCCUCUACUCCCGGAUUACACCUGUCCCCGGUGCCAGUCUGGAUUCAUAGAGGAGCUUCUGGAGAGCAGAAGCGCUGAAAAUGAAGCCACACCCACCCCCUCCACGAGCAGCAGUCAGAGCCGUCAGCCAUUUGAGAGCUUGGAGCAGCACCUCUUCGCGUUCCCCCCCGGGUACGGCCAGUUCGCUCUGGGCGUCUUCGACGAGGGCUUCGACUUCGGCGUGCCGCCGGAGGACAACCGCGAGGCGGAGGCCCGGCGGGAGCGGGAGCAGGCGUACCGCCAACGCUACGGCGCUAGGCAACCACGGGGCCGCCACGCCCCCCGGCGGCCGGCCGGGAGGCACGAUGGCGUGCCCACGCUGGAGGGAAUCAUCCAGCAGCUGGUGAACGGCAUCAUCGCGCCCACGGCCAUGGCCAACAUCGGCGUCGGGCCCUGGGGGAUGCUGCACUCGAACCCCAUGGACUACGCCUGGGGGGCCAACGGGCUGGACGCCAUUAUUACGCAGUUGUUGAAUCAGUUUGAGAACACUGGACCCCCACCUGCAGACAAGGAGAAGAUCAAAAGCCUUCCCACAGUGCAGAUCACAGAAGAGCACGUAGGCUCUGCCCUGGAGUGCCCUGUGUGUAAGGAAGACUACGGUGUGGGAGAGAGCGUCAGGCAGCUGCCCUGUAAUCACCUGUUCCAUAACGACUGCAUAGUGCCCUGGCUGGAACAGCACGACACGUGUCCGGUGUGCAGGAAGAGCCUGAGCGGCCUGAACACAGCCACCGACCCCCCCGGCCUCUCGGGGAUGAGCUUCACCGCCCCUUCGUCCUCUUCCUCCUCCUCCUCCUCCUCUCCCGCCAGCUCACCCAGCAACGAGAACACCGCCAAAAACUCGUAAUUGACUUGCCCCCCCCCCCCCCCCCCCCCCGGCUCCUUCCUCGGCACCAAGGCACUGCUGCCCCCAUCACGGCACCGCCCCCUGUUAGGGCCCCGCCCCCUGCCGUAGCCCCGCCCCCCUGCCACGGCUCCGCCCCAUUCCACAGCACCGCCUCCUCGCACCUCAGUGUGCACUUCCGGGGCCCUGGCCCAAACGCGCGAGCCGGGGGCUGGCGUGACGUAGACCACCGGGGCGUGUUCCCUGCACCCCCCCCUUACCCUUUAAACCACCCCCCCCCCCUUCCAAAAGCAGCUAGUGACCAUUUCUACAUAUGCGUGGAAUUUGACCUCUGACCUCCUACCCAUGGGCUGACACUAGCUAGGGGAGAUUGGGGACAGUGGGGAGGGGGGGGGGGGGGGAGCGGGCUGAGGAACUUCAGACAGAACCAGCCAAUCAGGACAUGGGAUUGGCUGCGUCUGACAUGGGAGGGACUAAUGAAAUAAGGCCGCAUAAAUACCGUAAACAACACUGAACCAGCCCUGCCCUGCACUGAGGGAGUAGUUCUGUGUGUGUGUGUGUGUGUGUGUUUGUUCAGGGACUGGGGAGGGGCACUCGAUUUGCACACACACACACACACGCACACAUACACACACAUUUUUCUUUUCCUUUUUAAUUUUUAACUCUCCAUUAGCAACACAGCUGUUUGCGAAGGGGAAGCAUAUUUGUACAUAGUCUACGUGUUGAUGUUUUUUCAGUUGCUGUUCAUCAAUACAGCCAAAGGAUCAAAGAAUAUCC